CACGGCGUCCGUGUCCUCCGCUGUCCCGGCCAUCCCCAAGGAGGCCCCACGGCCGCUUGUGACCUCUGUCCCCAGCCAAAGGCUGGCAGCCACGCUGGUGGCAUCACGUGGAGCUGCCACCAGAGCCACCAGAGCCACCAGAAGCCACCGGAGCUGCCGGAGCCAUCGCCGCGCCGGACGGACACAUGGACAGCCAGACGGACAGCAGCACCAGUUUGUGGCUGGGAGCCCCCCUGGAGCAGCUGCCCACCCCAGCGCUGACCCUGGACCAGGUGAAGAUGCGACGCAACGCCGAGCGCAUGCAGGAGCGAUGCCGGAGCCUCGGCGUCCGCUUGCGUCCCCACGUCAAAACCCACAAGACCUUAGAAGGUGCUGAGCUGGCGACGGGUGGCACCCGCCGUGGAAUCGUGGUGUCCACCUUGGCUGAAGCUCGGUUCUUCGCGGCGGGUGGCUUCGAUGACAUCCUCUACGCGUACCCGCUGCCGGCGUCACGCCUGGAGGAGUGCGCCACCUUGGCCCAGCGCCUCCAAGCCUUCCAGGUCCUCCUGGACAACCCCCAGACCUUGGACCUCCUGCGCCAGCGCCCGUUGUCCGGUGGCAAGCGGUGGCUCGUCUGGCUCAAGCUGGACUGCGGGAACGGCCGAGCCGGCGUGCGCCCCACGGACCCCAACACCUUCGCCUUAGCCCGGGCCAUCGCCGAGGAGACACCGGAGAAGGUGACACUGGUGGGAGUCUACGCUCAUUGUGGGAACACCUACAGCUGCCGUGAUGUCCCGACCAUCCAAGCCAUCGCCAGGGCCACCACUGCUGCCGUGCUGGACUUUGUCACCACGCUGCGGCAGGCGGGUGUCCCGUGUCCCCAGGCCACCAUCGGCUCCACACCGUCCUGCAGCCACCCCGUGCCGGAGAUGGCCCAACUCACCGAGCUCCACCCGGGCAACUACAUCUUCUACGAUCUUCAGCAGACCCAAGUGGGUUCCUGUCAACCCGAGGAGGUGGCCAUCCGUGUCCUCACCAGGGUCAUCGGGCACUACCCUCACCGCAACCAACUCCUGGUGGACUGCGGGUGGGCCGCCCUCAGCCUCCACGGCCAGAACCAAGGUCCCAUGGGUUGUGCCACCAUCGAAGGGUACCCACAGCUCAGGUUGGUGGGGCUGACGCAGGAGCACGGGCAGCUGGAAGCCGUUGAUGGUCAGAUAGACUUUGGGCGCUUUCCGUUGGGCACCAUCCUGGCUCUCAUCCCUUACCAUGCCUGCGCCACGGCCGCCAUGCACCCCGUCUACUACGUCCACGCCGAGGGGAAGGUGGUGGAGCUCUGGCACCCCGUCCGUGGCUGGUAGAGAGGAGAACAUGGAGCUCCUGGAGCUCUGCACCCACCUUGGGGUGCUGCACCCAUGCCAAGGCCAAGACCAAGACCCUGCACCCAUGCCAAGACCCCACGUCAACGUCAAGACUGUGCUUCCAUGACGAGGUUCUACAUCCGCACCGAGGUUCUGCACCCUAACAAGGCCAGAGGUCCUACUCCCAUCAUGAGGUUCUGUGUCCAUCAUGA